AGACGGUCACUCUCUUGUGGAAUAAAUUAAUAAUUAAAUCCUUACAUUAAAAAUCCCCAAAAUUCCGAUUCCAAAUCCGCCAUUGAAAUGGGCCUCUUGGUCACCGGAAAAUCCAAAUCCACCGCCGUCGAGAAUUGGGGAAUGGGCCUUUUUCUCGUCUUCUUCUCUGAAGAUUCCCCUUCCGCCAUUGCCGACCACAAUAAGCUCUUUCCAUCUUCUUCUUCUUCUUCUUCAGGUCGUCGGAGUAAUUACAAUCUUCUCUCUAAAGCUCAGUCCACCAUUUCCGUCUGUGCUCUGCUCGUCUUUGUUUCUCUUCUUCUCUUCACUCUCUCCACUUUCGAACCCGCCAUUAAAAUGAACCUCACACCUCCACGAAGGCUCCUCUCCCGGAAAUCCACGCCGAUUGAAAUCCGUACGCCGUCGGUGAAUCGCUGGAAUUGGUUUCGCAAAAUGUGGAAGCAGAAACCGGCCGUGGUGAAUACGAUGACCGGUUCUAUGGCGGCUCUGCAACGUAUGGGGACUCUGUAUUUGCGAGGUACUCGAGCCAUGGCGGACAUCACGGUUGUUCAUGUACCGGAAGACGUCAGAGAAGACGACUUCCGCCUCUUUCUCCGACUGUUCCAUCGGUCCGGUGUUACCGCUAAAUCCGACUCCGUCUUCAUCUUCGCCUCACUGCCGUUCUCGGAGAAAUUCGGUCCGAUUAUUCGAGAGGAAAACGAAUCGUUUCUGAAACUCCUUCACCGAUCCCGGAAUUCGAAUAUCACGGCGAACCGGAGGGCGGUGGCGGGAUUUGAUGUGAAUCAGUUUGUUAAGAUCAAAGAAAAGAAAGAACCGGAGGAGCCGAUUUGGGGAAAGAAAAGGAAACGGUUCACUAACGAUUCUGGCGGCGGCGAGGACGAGUUGACUCGGUUGAGUUACGGCUCGGUGGUGAGUUUCGACGCGGCGGAGAUUGAUCCAGAGAAUUCGCUUUCCGGCUUCUCAGAUCACAUUCCAAUGAGUCUACGACGGUGGGCGUGUUAUCCGAUGCUACUUGGACGAGUCCGCCGGAAUUUCAAGCAUGUAAUGCUCGUCGACGCCAAAAACUCGGUUCUAAUCGGCGAUCCACUCGGCCGAAUAAGAAACAAAGGAACCGAGUCGGUGAUUCUUUUCACAAACAAACACACAAAAAAGAACUCAGAAAAAUCGCACAAUCUGGUGAAUCCGGCCGUCGUGAUCGGCGGAGCGCGGGGAGUCCGGCGGCUGUCAAACGCUAUGGUUGUGGAAAUCGCCAGAGCUCUGAUGCAGCACAAGAAGAACUCGGUGUCCGACUCGGCAGUACUGAGUCACCUCGUUAACAGUGAGUUUUUGUUGAAGAAUGUGAAGGUGAUCAUGGCGACUGAGUCGAUUCCCGAUGCGAGUUUGCUCGCCGGAGUUGAAUCGGGCUCCGUCGGUUCGUUGUCGGCGCCGGAGAAGACGACAAUUUUACGGAGGAGUAAUUAUGGUAAUUUACGUGAAAUUAAUUCUGUUAUUUUGAAGAAAAUAUGUUCUUCGGAAAUUGAUUCGUCUGUGUAUAGCGAUUGCUAGCAAAUCAAAUUAGAAAG